AUGGUUUCAACAAAUGAAAUUCUUUCUUUAGCGGGCAGUAUUUCAUGGGUUUUAUCAACUCAUUUCUCAAAGUCUUUCCAGGAGCAUUCUUAUAUGAUGCUGACCUUGAACGCAUUGGGAUAUGACCUUGUUUCCGGUGGUACUGAGAACCAUCUGCGAGUCUUGGUCAAUUUGAAAAACAAGGUGAAUCGUCCGCGUAUUACUUGGCCGGAUUUAGCCAGACAUUUGUGUGCUCGGUUUGAAAAUCCUAUUGAGGAAAACUUUGUAGGAAGCUUCAAUAAGCUAAUUCAAACCACCACAGUUGAUGAUUAUUGUGAGGAAUUAGAAUCUCUCAAAGCUUUAAUGCUAGAUAUGAAUGCUACACUUACUGAAGCUUAUUUUGUCAUGAGUUUUCUUAGUGGUCUAAAAGAUGAGAUAGGGAAAUAUGUGUCUAUGUUUCACCCAAAAACAUUAGUUGCUGCUUAUUCAUUAGCUAGAUUACAAGAACAGAAACUCAUCUCAGUGACCCACCUCCCUAAAUCUUAUACUAAACCCUUUAAUUCGCCUUUCAGCUCAAACAAACAAUACCAAUUUAACAAUUUCUCUCCUAGGCCAGCUCCUACAUCUCCUAAAUCUGCCCAUAUGACUCCCAAAUCUUACUUUCACAACCAUUCCAAACCUACACCCACCACCCCAACAAUUAAAAAUCUGACACAGGAAGAGAUGAACAAAGGAAGAGUUCAGGGUUUAUGUUAUAACUGUGAUGAAGUGUACAAGCAAGGACACUUCUGUAAAGGGAAGCAAAAUAUUUUUAUGCUUCAGGUGGAGAAUACUGAUUCCCAAGACACUGGAGAGGAGGGGGAAUUCUUUGAAGAAGCUGAAGAUUCUCCAGUUCAUCCUGAUAUGGAGAUCUCACUACAUGCCUUAACUGGUCAUGUCACUGGAGAUACAAUUAGAAUACCUGGUGUACUUAACAAUCACAAGGCUUCCAUACUUAUUGAUUCUGGAAGCACCACAAGCUUUAUUGACAGUGCAUUGGAUACUUCUCUCCACUGCAACAUUGAAGCCACUACACCAAUGAAGGUCACUGUUGCAAAUGGAGAGCAAACCCUCGGCAAGGGUAUUUGCCCACAACUACAAUGGAGCAUGCAGGGACAUGACUUUGUAGAGAAUAUCAGAAUCCUACCAUUGGGUGGUUGUGACAUUGUUUCGGGAGCAGAUUGGCUCAAGACAUUGGGUGAUGUUCUCUUCAACUUUUCUAAACUAAGCAUUUCCUUUAAAUAUAGGCGUAAGAAGAUUACAUUACAGGGAAUUUUUCCAAAACCUUCUUUACUUCAGAUGGGGUGUGCAACUGUUAAGAAAUUUUUGUCCAACACUACUCAUGGCAUGGUGGGCCAUUUAUUCUCCAUUUCUACACCCACUUCACCACCCAUCACUCCUGACAUCUUGUUCCUCUUGUUACAUGAAUUUGAUGAUAUUUUCCAAGAACCAAAACAAUUACCACCACAAAGGAACUUGGACCAUAAAAUUCCAUUACAACCAAAUGCUACACCAAUCAACCUCAGAGCUUAUAAAUUCCCUUACAUUCAAAAAUGGGUGGUAGAACAACUUGUCCAAGAAAUGAUACAGUCUGGAAUCAUUCAGCCAAGCAAUAGUACCUUUGCAUCCCCUAUACUUCUACUCAAGAAAAAAGACACCACAUGGAGAUUUUGUGUUGACUACAAAAAACUCAACAGCAUCACUGUCAAAGACAAGUUUCCUAUUCCAAUUAUUGAACAAUUAUUAGAUGAACUGAAUGGAGCCAUUGUCUUCACAAGGAUUGACUUGAGAGCUGGGUAUCAUCAAAUCAGAGUGCACCUAUAA